AUGCAUUUGCCGAGUCGUGCACGAGUUUACGCUGACGUAACUCAACAGAAACCUCGCGAAUAUUGGGAUUAUGAAAAUCAUAUGAUUUCGUGGGGAAAUAUUGAUGAUUAUCAAUUAUAUAAGAAAAUUGGUCGGGGAAAAUAUAGCGAAGUUUUUGAAGGCUUAAAAACGACAUUUGACCAAAAAUGUGUUAUCAAGAUUCUUAAGCCGGUAAAAAAGAAGAAAAUUAAGCGAGAAAUCAAAAUUUUGGAAAAUUUACGUGGAGGAACAAAUAUCAUUACGUUACUUGAUGUUGUGAAGGACCCAAUUUCUAGGACUCCAGCUCUUAUAUUUGAAUAUAUUAAUAAUACUGAUUUCAAGAUAUUGUAUCAAACAUUGACAGAUUAUGAUAUACGCUAUUAUCUUUACGAGUUACUAAAGGCGCUUGAUUAUUGUCAUUCCCAAGGAAUAAUGCAUCGUGAUGUGAAACCUCAUAAUGUAAUGAUCGAUCAUGAAAAGAGAACGCUGAGACUUAUUGAUUGGGGAUUAGCCGAAUUUUACCAUCCUCGGCAAGAAUACAAUGUGAGAGUUGCUUCGCGCUAUUUCAAGGGACCUGAAUUACUUGUUGAUUAUCAAUGUUAUGAUUAUUCUCUGGAUAUGUGGAGCCUGGGUUGUAUGUUAGCGAGUAUGAUAUUCAGGAAAGAGCCUUUCUUCCACGGUCACGAUAAUUAUGACCAACUGGUGCGAAUAGCAAAGGUUCUUGGCACAGAAGAACUUUAUGAUUAUAUCGACAAGUAUCAAAUUGAACUUGAUCCUCGGUUUAACGAUAUUUUGGGGCGACAUUCGAAAAAACGUUGGGAACGCUUCGUGCACAGUGAAAAUCAGCAUUUAGUUUCUGUAGAAGCCAUCGAUUUCUUGGACAAGUUGUUGCGUUAUGAUCAUCAAGAAAGGUUAACUGCUAAAGAAGCUAUGCAACAUCCAUAUUUCUAUCCGGUAGUGGAGAAUGAACAACGCUUCAAACAAGAAGAUAUACCUAUGGGCAUACCAAUGAUUUCUUCAGCUGGAGUGGUUUCACCUACAGCAAGUCAAUCUGCUCAAUCUUAA